GGUAUCAGUAGGAUGUCAGGGUACCAAACGAGAUUCAGUCUUCGAGUUGGAGCAAGGAGAAACACCAUGGAUAGUGGAGGGAGCAGUCCAUAGUCAGACCAGUCCAGGUUGGAAGUAUUGUUAUUCAUUCGAAGGUAAUUACAAGAGACUAUCCGGACAUUUCCUUAUCAGGCUAAAGAUAUACAUAUCUGACAUCUGGGCUCUAAUCUUCCUGCGGGGGAUCCUAAGUCAUAAAACAAAGUCAUUAACAAAGGUUCUGGUCUACAACAGCAAGACAUUUUAAGUGAUGGAAGAACUGAGUUUCUCGGCUUGGGAGACCAUUGUUUCUGGUAACAGUCUGACGUGAGAUAUCUGACCACAACUUUCACAGAGGUCCAGAGAAGACAGAAGACAGAACACUCCCUAGAGUUACUAGUCCUUUCUUAAGAACAGAAGAAAAUGACCAAGGCCCAGGGAACAUUAUCAUUUGAGGAUGUGGCUGUGGGCUUCACCUGGGAGGAGUGGCAGUUAUUGGACCUCUCUCAGAAGGACCUGUACAAGGAUGUGAUGUUGGAGAACUACAACAAUCUGGUAUCAGUAGGAUAUCAGGGUACCAAACCAGAUUCAGUCUUCAAGCUGGAGCAAGGAGAAACACCAUGGAUAGUGGAGGGAGGAAUCCACAGUGGGACCAGUCCAGAAGAAAUAUGGGCGAUUGACCAUAUGCAGCGGCACCCAGAAAACCAAAACGAGCUUAAAAGUUUGGAAAGAUGUCUGCAAAAUUUUACACUUGGAGAUAAUUUUGGUUUAAGAAAAAAUCUUGCUUUUUUAACACAAAGACACAAUACAUUUGACUCACACUGUAGAAGUUUGCAAUCCCAUUUAGAUUUUGUUAUCCAGAAUAAAAGAGAUAUAGGAAAGGAUUCUGAUGAGUUUAGUGGUUACGGGAAAUCAUCUGUCCACAUGAAGCAUGAUAAUACUUUCCCUGGAAUUAAAUACCAUGGAUGUGUUAAACCCAGUAGUGCUAAAUCACAGCUCAGUGGCCAUCCAAAAACUUAUACAGAAGAGCAACCGCAUAAAUGCAGUGAAUGUGGGAAAGUCUUUUCAAAAAGGCCACUGCUUUUGUACCAUCAGAGAAUUCAUACAGGAGAUAAACCUUAUGUAUGCAGUGAAUGUGGAAAAGCUUUUACUUGGGAGAGCCGGCUCAAGAGACAUCAGCGAUCUCAUAUUGGUGAGAAACUCUAUGGAUGCAAUGAGUGUGGGAAGUCAUUUUCUCAGAAGGCAUACCUCAUUGUACAUCAGAGACUUCACACAGGGGAGAAGCCUCAUGAAUGCAGUGACUGUAGAAGAACCUUUGCUUUUAAGUCAGCCCUGACCAAGCAUCAAAGAAUUCACACAGGAGAGAGACCUUAUGAAUGUAGUGAGUGUGAAAAAGCCUACCGAUGCAAGUCUGAGCUCAUUCAACAUCAACGAACUCAUAACAGAGAGAGACCAUAUGAAUGCAGUGAAUGUAAAAGAACCUUCCUGUUUGAGGCAGCCCUGACAAAUCAUCAAAGAAUUCAUACAGGAGAGAGACCUUACGAAUGUAGUGAGUGUGAAAAAGCUUUCAGAAGCAAGUAUAAACUCAUGCAACAUAAGCAAACUCAUACCAGAGGAAGACCAUAUGGAUGCAGUGAAUGUGGCAAAUCUUUUACCCACAUGUCAUUCCUCAUUAAGCAUAAGAAAACUCAUUCAAAAGAGAAAGUGAUAAAUUCACUGAAGGUGGGAAGACCUUCCUCAGGGAGUCAUAGCACUUUAUACAAGAGUGAACUCAUCCAGAAAUAAAACACCAUGAAUACCAUGCCAGUGGAAAUGCCUUAUUCAGGAACUCGGCCUUAAAUCUCAGUGAGCUUGUAGGGGGUAGAAAUACUGUGAUUGAUUGUGGAAUAUCCAUUUGAAGAAGUCAGGCCUCAGUAAAUAAUCAGGAAUUUUCACAGGGAGUAACCCUUGCAAAUUUAGUGAAUGUGACAACACCUGUAAUAAACAUGUCUUAAAUGUUACAGAUAUUGGUCAGGGAAAAAAACAAACUCAGAUACUAGAAAUGUGAAAAAUGUCUUCCUAUAAGAUAUGUAAGGAUCCCCUGAACAUUUUUUGUCAGCUAAUUUAGGAGAGGAACACUAUGGAUGCAGUGGCUCUGGCAAAGCCUUCUGUGGGAAGGUAGAAUUAUUAAAUAUGUGUGAUAUCAUCUUGGGUAGAAAUGUAGCUGUUGUGGGGAGGCAUUUGACUGGAAGUGAUGUCUUAAAUGCUGUCAUAGAAAUUCUCACAGGUCCAAAACCUUAGGAAAGAAUGUGAUGUUUUCAGUGAUAAAUUUUUACCUCAUUACAUGUUGGAGAUGCAGAAAAAAAACUCUUCAUACAUGAAAUAUGGGAAACGUUUUUGGUAAAAUGUGGAAGAAUUCAUAGAAAAGAGAAAUACCUUAUAUAAGCAGGAGGCAAGGUGGGUUAACCCACCUAGAAUUGGCUCCAGGCUUUGUCUUCCCACAUCUCCAUUCCUUGUCACCAGCUACUUCAAAUGGCAUACCAACCGCAUAGACUUAGAUGAGACCUUACGAGUAAAAGAACUUAGUCCUUCAGACUGCCAAAUGUACAAAUGCGAUUCUCUGUGCUGGCUCUCCCUGGAGCCUGUGGGUUUGUUAAUUCCUUGGGAUGACUAACAGAAUUCACUGAGAGCAUCUAAACUUAUGUUACCCAUAUAUUAUAACCAGAAUGAUACAAACAAAGAGAAGCAUCAGUUGCGGUUUGUUAAAAGUGCAGACAGGAGGCCUUUAUUGUUGCCAGGGUCAUGUCAUCCUUUCCAUAUGUGAGCCUGAGAAACUCGUGGAUUUCUCACCAGUCAGGAAGACCAACUGAUACUGUGUUCAGGGCUCUUUUAUAAUAUUGCAUAUGCAUGAUUGGGGCCUCAAUUCAUAGACAUGAUUGAUUGAGUCAAGAAUAAGAAUGAUUAAUUAUAUCAUGCCUUCUUCCCUUCUUGAGGUUUUCUGCCAUGUGUGGUGUUAGGGGCUUCCAGCUCAUUUGCACAUGUUUAAGUAUUGCUUGGAUGUUUUAGGGAAAAAAAAAAGACUCCUUGAUUGCUUGAAAAAUUCCAAGGGCUGUUUUCAGGAAUCAGAGACAAAGGCCAAAUCAAGUUCUUUGUCCCACACCCCUGAAAGCAAUAUAUGAUGGAAAUUCUAUCACCAGUCUGCAGGGCAAUGAGUUAAUCUGUUUUUACAUGAUCUUUCUGCCCAUGGUCUUAUAACUCCCACAAAAUGAUUGGGUAAGACUAUGCUAAUAAGGUGUGUAAAACUCUUACUGGUAUUGGCUGGGACUAUGCAAAUGAUCUGUGGCCUCAAAGGGAUUGGUCAUUUUGCCAUCCCACUAGACUUAAAAAGAGCCAAUCCCACAGGUUGAGGGGGGACCUCCCUGCCAUCAAGAAGAGCUGGGAGCAGAGCACAUCCUUUGGACCCAGGGUCCCUGUGCUAAGAACCUCCUAGACCCAGCAGAUGGAGAGCUGUAACACCAGAGAGCUGUAACACUGGCCAGUGCAGCAGUAUGAGCAGGCGCAUGAGAUGGCUGUGGUGGCUUCCUGUCCCACAGCACAAGGUGGCUGCAGUGGGCUUGCCGACCCACUGUGCAAGAGAGCUAAGCGCCUUUGGACAGGAGGCUUGGCGGAUUGAGGUGACUCCAGGCACGUGUCAGUGGAGCUAAAGAGCUGUAACACUUGCCUGAGCAGGGGUUGGCAGCAGAAGCCUGCCUAUAGGCACAGCCAAGAAUAAGUUGUCCUGACCGAAGAACCAUAUCCUGAGUUGUGCCUGUUACUUCCAAGUUGAUCCUGAUCCUGAACUGUAAUCUGUUACUUCCCUAAUAAACCACAUAAUUGAGAGUAUGGUCUGUAAAUUCUGUGUGGCCAUUGCCGUGAAUUACUGAACCCAGCAGAGAAGUAGAGUGCGCCAUGGGGAGGACAGCUGGUGUCAGAAUUGGUGAAAAGGUUGGAGAGUGGAGGUAUGUUUGACCUCUACCUCAUAGGCAUCUGUCUUGGGCUGCCCCUGAUGGUGAUUAUUCUCCCUCGUGAAGUUAGAGGACUUUAGCUGCUACCACUUUAUACAACAUAACUCAUAUAUCACAUUUUUAUACCUUUAGAAUAUGGGAAAGGCUUCUCCAUUAAAUGAAAUCUUUGUGGACACCAGGAAUGUUGUUAUGUAAUGAAAAAUGGUGAAUAUAAUGAGUGUGGAAAUACAACUGUAUUAGUUUCUUAUUGCUGGUAUAACAAAUUACCACAGAUUUACUUGCUUAAAACAACAUGAAUUUAUUAUCUUACAGUUAUGGAGAUUAGAAGUCUGGAAUGGGUCUCACUAGACUAAAGUCAAGGUGUUGGCAGGGACGUGUUCCUUUGUAGUCUCUAAGGUAGAAUCCUUGCCUUCCCAGCUUCCAGAAUCUGCCCGCAUUCCUUGGCUAAUGGUUCCCUUUCAUCUUAAAAGUCAGCAAUGGCUGGUCAGGUCUUUCAUCACUCUGACACUGACUCUUCUGCUUCCCUCUUGCUCAUUUAAGGACUGUUAGGAUUACAUUAGGCCUUACUGGAAUAAUCUAGGGUAAUCUCCCUAUUUUAAGAUCAUUUUAUUAACAAUCUUCAUCAGUUUUAAGUCUCCUUUGCGAUGUAAUAGAACAUAACAGUGUCUAGGGUUUAGGAUACGGACAUUUUGGGGAGGCCACUAUUAGGUCUGCUAUAGUCCAUCCUGUGGCCACGAGUGAGUGAUUCAUAUCUAUCUCACGUGCAAAAUAUAUUCACUCUAUUCCAACAUUCCCAAAAGUCUCAACUGCCUUACCACAUCAACUCAGAGUCCAAAAUCUCAUCUAAAUCUUAACAGUUCAGAAGUCUCAAUUCUCUUCUAAAGCAUUUAUAUUAGGUAAGGUUGAGGUUCUGGGUAUGGGUUCAUCUUGAGGCAUAAUUCCUCUCCAUAUGUGAACCUGUGAAAUUCAAGAAAUAUAUAGUCCCAAAAUAGUUCAUUCCACCUGCUACCUUAAUUUCCCUUAGCUAUAUAAUGUAAAAAUAUUCACAUGUUCUAGGGAUUAAGAUAUGCCCAUUUUAGGGAGGUCAUCAUUCUGCCAAGGGAGUUCUGGUGACACAGUGGUUAAAGCACUUGACUGCCAACCUAAAGGUCAGUAAUUCAAACCUACCAGCUGUUCUG